AUGAAAUUUUGGAAUUCUGCUGCUGAUUGCUGUUCUUGGGAUGGUGUCUUAUGCAACAAGGAAACUGGUCAUGUAUUAAGCCUAGACCUCAGCAACAGUUGGAUUUAUGGUCCACUGCUUUCUAACAGCAGCCUUUUCAACUUGCAAAGUCUUCGAAAGCUCAACCUUGCCUUCAACAACUUCAGUCCAUCUCCGAUUCCAUCUGAGUUUCACCAGCUUUCAAGGUUAACUCAUCUCAAUCUCUCCUUUUCUAUGUUUUCUGGUUUCAUUCCAUCUCAAAUUUCAAGGCUGACACGUUUGGUUUCCCUUGAUCUUUCUUUCAAUAUUAACCAUGAUGGAAGUCUUUUGAAACUAAGAGAAGGAGAACUUGGAAAGCUCACGAAAAGCAUGACAAAUUUAAGACAGCUUCAUCUUAAUUUGGUCAAUCUUUCUUCCUCUGUUCCUGAACACAUAGGGAAUUUGUCUUCCUUAACACAUCUCUCUUUUGAGAGAUGCCUUUUGCAUGGUCAAUUCCCAAAGAGUAUCUUCCAGUUGCCUAAGAUAAUGUCGAUUCGUAUGUCCGGAAACAGUGAUCUUACCGGUUCUCUUCCAGAAUUCCACUCUGGUAGUAUGCUGAAGUUAUUGGAUCUUUCCAAAACCAGUUUCUCAGGAAAACUGCCAGUUUCAAUUGGCAAGCUAAGAUUCUUGAAUUUCAUGGAUCUUAAAAAGUGCAGCUUUUUGGGGGUUGUUCCAUCUUCUCUUUGGAACCUUUCUGAACUCUCAUAUCUUCGCCUCUCAUCAAAUCAUUUCAAUGGCCAACUUCCGUAUAGGGUAGGGAACCUUGCAAAGCUCACUACAAUUGAUCUUUCUGGUAAUCAAUUUAGUGGUGAAUUGCCUUCUUCACUUGGAAACCUCACACAGUUGACAUAUUUGUUUCUUGAUGACAAUAAUUUCAGUGGCCAAAUUCCGUCUUCACUUGGAAAUCUCUCACAGUUAGAAAUGUUGAAACUUUCAACAAAUCUUUUUGAUGGAAAAUUCCCAAGCUUACCCCCACAUCAGAUCAAAUCUAUCCAUCUUCAGAACAAUAAUUUGACAGGUUCAAUUCCAUCCACUAUUCAAAAUCUCACAUUUCUUGAAUGUCUUGAUCUGUCAUAUAAUUCUUUCACUGGUGUCAUUCCUUGGUCUUUGUUUAAAUUGCCUUCUCUUGCAUACUUAUCUUUGAAAAACAAUCAGCUUUCUGGAUCUCUUAAUAUCCAAAACAUUUCUGAUCAUUCAUCCAAGUUGGAAAACCUGUUUUUAAGUAAAAACAAUUUAACUGGACACAUUCCAAGUUCCAUAUCCAAACUCAAAAUGCUCAAAGAAUUGUGCCUUGAUUCAAAUGAUUUAAGUGGCAGUCUUGAUUUUGACACAAUCUUUUUGGGGUUGAGUUCGCUUCAUGAUCUUUUGCUUUCGAAUAAUAGAGGCCUAUCUGUCACAAAUAAUGUAAGUAGGAGUUCUUCUUCUUGUUCAUCUUCUUGUUCUUCUCAUCAUCUCCCCAAGUUGCAUAUCUUAUCAUUUUCCUCAUGUAACAUUAGUGAAUUUCCAAUGUUCCUGAAAACACAAGAUGAAUUGGAAUCCUUAAACUUUUCCCACAAUAGGAUUUCUGGCCCAAUUCCCAAAUGGUUCUUGAACAUAGGGACAGAGACCUUGAAGAUUCUGGAUCUUUCUUAUAACAACUUUAGUGGUUGGGAAGAACCCCCCUUAGUUCUUCCAUGGAAGAAACUGUAUUUACUAGACCUGCAUUCCAACAUGUUGCGAGGACCAGUUGCUGUUCCACCAAUGUCCACCAGGUACUUUUCUUUAUCAGGAAAUAGCUUGGUUGGAAGAAUUGAUCCAUUGUUCUGUAAACUGGGGGAUCUUCAAUAUCUUGAUUUGUCAAGUAACAAUUUGAGUGGUACUAUUCCUCAAUGUUUGGGUAACUUCAAUAGCUCGCUGUUGGUUGUAAAUCUAAGAAUAAACCACUUUCAUGGUAAAAUGCCUCAGACUUGUGGAGAUAGAAGCAAAUUGAAGACAUUGGACUUGAGCUGCAACCAACUAUAUGGGAAGAUGCCAAGCUCACUCAUUAAAUGUGAAGAGCUACAAAUUUUAAAUCUUAGCCACAAUCAGCUGAAUGACACAUUUCCUUUUUGGCUACAGAGUUUAUUAAAUCUUCAGGUUCUUAUCUUAGCUCAUAACAAAUUUCACGGUCCAAUAUGUUGUCCACAUAACUUUUCUGGCUUUCUGAACUUAAGUAUCAUUGACUUGUCUUUCAAUGAUUUUAGUGGAAGUUUAUCAUCUGAAUAUUUCACAAAUUGGACUUCAAUGAGCAAAAUCUCUCACAGAAAUUCAUCAGGAGUGAAGUACAUUGGUGAUGAUGAGUCUUACCAGUACUCAGUGACUGUGGUAAAUAAGGGCCUAGAAAUGCUUUUUGUCAAAAUUUUCACCAUGUUUGUGUGCAUUGAUUUCUCGAACAACAUAUUUCAUGGAGAAAUCCCAGAGACAAUAGGGGAUCUUCAAUAUCUAAUCGUGCUCAAUUUGUCAAGUAAUAACUUUUCAGGACAUAUUCCUUCAUCUCUACGGAAUCUGGUUGAGCUUGAAUCGUUAGAUCUCUCUAACAAUAAGCUUUCUGGUAAAAUCCCUCCACAGUUAACUAGUCUCACAUUUCUUGAAUACUUGAACGUCUCCAAAAAUCAACUUACAGGUCCAAUACCACAGGCUGGACAGAUUGGGAUAUUUCCAAAUUCUUCUUUCGAGGGAAAUGCGGGAUUAUGUGGUCUUCCAUUGUCAAAAAAGUGUGGGACUCUGCUACCACCUUCUCAAGAUGAUGAGGAAUUAGAUUCAGUAUCAUUUUCCUUGAGUUGGAAAGCUGUUGUAAUAGGCUAUGGAGGUGGACUGAUAAUUGGACUGAUAGCUGGACAUAUCAUCACCUCAAGGAGACCAAGUUUGAUGUUCAAGAUUUUUGGUGUGAUCCCACAAAGGAGACGACGAUGA